AUGGCGUCAACGCCGCCUCACCGGUCUAUGACCACCACCAACAACCACCCUCAGAUCCGCCAGCAACCCAAUCACAACCACCGUCCAUGGCUCCCACAGCGCGUCUCUCCCUGCCCUCGUGCCGGUCGCGCCGUUACCUCAGCUCCUCCUCCGUCUUCUUCCGUCGCCGUCUCCGUCGCCACUGUAGCUUCCGCUCAAGCUCAGCUCUCAUCACAGGCUCCUAAUUUCUCCCCUCUGCAAACUCCCAAAUCGGACUCCUCUGAUUUCUCCGGUCGCCGUUCCACACGAUUCGUCUCCAAGAUGCAUUUCGGACGACCUAGAGCUACUACAGCCGCCACUCGACACAGCUCUGCCGCUGAGGAUGCGCUCCAGAGCGCUAUCAAGUUCUCCGGAGAGGAUUACAUGUUUCAGAAUCUGAUGUUGAGCUUCGAGUCGAAGCUUCGUGGCUCUGAAGACUAUACCUUUCUACUCCGUGAGCUCGGGAAUCGAGGUGAGUGCGAUAAAGCCGUUGGCUUUUACGAGUUUGCUGUUAAACGAGAGAGGAGAAAGAUCGAGCAAGGGAAGUUAGCUAGUGCUAUGAUAAGCACUCUUGGUAGAUUAGGCAAAGUAGCCAUUGCUAGAGAUGUUUUCGAAAAUGCUUUCGCUGGUGGGUAUGGGAACACGGUUUACGCCUUCUCGGCUCUGAUCAGCGCUUAUGGGAGAAGCGGUCUCCAUGAGGAAGCCAUUAGUGUAUUCAACUCCAUGAAAAACUAUGGCUUGAGGCCGAAUUUGGUUACCUACAAUGCCGUGAUUGAUGCGUGUGGUAAAGGUGGGAUGGAGUUUAAGCAGGUGGCUGAGUUUUUCGAUGAGAUGCAGAGGAACGGUGUGCAGCCUGAUAGAAUCACUUUCAACUCUUUGCUCGCUGUUUGUAGUAGAGGAGGGUUGUGGGAAGCAGCAAAGAAUAUGUUUGAUGAGAUGUCGAAAAGAGGGAUUGAGCAAGAUGUGUUCUCUUACAACACGCUUUUGGAUGCAAUCUGCAAAGGAGGGCAGAUGGAUCUUGCUUUUGAAAUCCUUGCUCAGAUGACCGCGAAGAGGAUCAUGCCUAAUGUUGUGAGUUACAGCACUGUCAUUGAUGGGUUUGCGAAGGCUGGAAGAUUCGACGAAGCUCUUAACUUGUUUGAUGAGAUGAAGUAUCUCGGUAUUCAGUUGGAUAGAGUUUCUUACAACACACUGCUUUCGAUAUAUACGAAGCUUGGGAGAUCCAAAGAAGCUUUGGAUAUUUUGAGAGAAAUGGCAUCUGUUGGGAUUAAGAAAGAUGUUGUGACUUAUAAUGCUCUUCUUGGUGGGUAUGGGAAACAACGGAAAUACGAUGAAGUGAAAACCGUUUUCGCCGAGAUGAAGCGGGAUCACGUGUUGCCUAAUCUACUGACUUAUUCUACCUUGAUCGAUGUGUAUUCGAAAGGUGGUUUGUACAAAGAGGCAAUGGAGAUAUUCAGGGAGUUUAAGAGCGUUGGAUUAAGAGCUGAUGUUGUGUUGUACAGUGCAUUGAUUGAUGCACUGUGCAAGAACGGGUUGGUGGGUUCUGCUGUGUCUUUGAUCGAUGAGAUGACAAAGGAAGGGAUUAGGCCUAACGUUGUAACUUACAAUUCCAUCAUUGAUGCUUAUGGUCGUUCUGCAACUACUGAGCUCUUGGCUGAAUCUAGAGAUGUUGUAGCUAGUACCUUACAAGUUGGAUCCUCCUCUUCUCCUGCUGCUUCUCUAAGUGAACUAACUGAAACAGAGGAUAAUCAGGUGAUACAGGCAUUUGGGCAACUAACACUUGAGAAUAAUAGCAAGAUGAAGAAAGAUUGCAAGGAGGGUAUGCAGGAGCUCUCCUGUGUAUUGGAAGUUUUCCGCAAAAUGCACAAGCUGGAAAUCAAACCAAAUGUCGUGACCUUCUCAGCCAUUCUGAAUGCUUGCAGUCGGUGCAACUCAUUUGAAGAUGCAUCAAUGCUGCUAGAGGAGCUCAGGCUGUUUGAUAAUCGAGUAUAUGGUGUUGUUCAUGGACUCCUCAUGGGCCAUAGAGAGAAUGUGUGGAUCCAGGCUCAGAGCUUAUUCGACAGAGUAAACGAAAUGGAUGGUUCGACUGCUUCUGCCUUCUACAAUGCUCUUACUGACAUGCUUUGGCACUUUGGUCAGAAACGUGGCGCACAAUUGGUGGCGCUAGAGGGAAGAUCUAGGCAAGUUUGGGAGAACGUGUGGUCUGAGUCUUGCUUGGACUUGCAUCUAAUGUCUUCUGGUGCUGCACGUGCAAUGGUCCAUGCUUGGUUGGUAAACAUACGUGCCAUUGUCUAUGAAGGUCAUGAAUUACCUAAACUCUUGAGCAUAUUGACUGGUUGGGGAAAACACAGCAAAGUGGUUGGAGACGGAGCACUAAGGCCAGCGGUUGAAGCGCUUUUGAGAGGAAUGGACGCACCGUUCCAUCUCUCAAAAUGCAACAUGGGACGGUUCACAUCACCCGGUUCGGUUGUCGCAACUUGGUUGCGUGAAUCAGCCACACUCAAACUCUUAAUCCUCCAUGAUCACAUAACCACCAAAGCUACUACAACAAUGAGAGCAAUAGAGCUACCCGAACAAACCCCUCUCACUCUGCAGCCUCUUCUUUUGUAG